AUGACAAAAAUGCGUCGGGUCUUUGGCGUCCAAUGCGCUCUGAUGUCCAGUCACCGCACUGCGUUGCUGAGACGUCACGUUGGCACAGAACGCUCGCAAUCGUCUGUUGGAAUAGAACUUGAGUGGAUGAAAAACCGCGACCCUUACUGCAACGUGAGUGAGUCCAUUGCGGCCAAGAUCGGAUCGAACUUGCACCUGAAACAGCACCAUCCGCUGCACAUUAUCAAGACAAAGAUCGAAAGUUAUUUUGACGAGCUGCACCGGAACGAGGGAGCUCCCUUCUUCACUGCGUUUGGUAAUCUGGAUCCGGUCGUAACGACAUACGACUGCUUCGACUCGAUGCUCGUGCCCCCAGACCAUAUCAGCCGCAAAAACACCGACACGUACUAUGUAGACAGGAAUCGCGUGCUGCGUGCACACACGAGUGCGCACGAAGUUGCGAUGAUGAAGAAAGGUUUUACAUCGUUUCUAGUCUCGGGCGACGUCUAUCGUCGCGAUGAGAUUGACGCGAGUCAUUAUCCAGUGUUCCACCAGAUGGAGGGCGUGCGGAUCUUUUCGGAGCUUGAUCUAGCGAUGAAACGUGAGGAAAAGGUGGUGCUAGUGAAGGAGGACCUAAAGAAGACACUAGAAGGUAUGGCGAAGAAACUGUUCGGUGAUGUCGAGAUGCGCUGGGUGGAAGCGUACUUCCCUUUUACUGAACCAUCGUUGGAGUUGGAGAUUUUCUUCAACGACGACUGGUUGGAAGUGCUCGGCUGUGGAGUGCUCCAGCAGGAGAUCGUGCGUAACGCUGGACUUGGCGAAAACGUCGGCUGGGCUUUCGGUCUUGGUCUUGAGCGCCUUGCCAUGGUUCUGUUCGACAUCCCUGAUAUCCGUUUGUUCUGGUCCCAAGACGAUCGUUUCAUUUCGCAGUUCCAGAACGGCCAGAUUACAAAGUUUAAGCCGUACAGCAAGUAUCCAGCGUGCUUUAAGGACGUAAGCUUCUGGUACAGCGACGACUUUCACGAAAACAACUUGUGCGAAGUUGUGCGUGACGUUGCUGGUGACAUGGUUGAGCAAGUGACCGUUUUGGAUGAAUUUACGCAUCCAAAGACGCAACGCAAGAGCAGGUGCUACCGCAUCACGUACCGUCACAUGGACCGCAACCUCACAAAUAAAGAGGUUGAUGACAUUCAGGAGGUCAUCCGUGGCAAGAUCGUGAGUGAUCUGAGUGUCGAGCUGAGAUAG